UCGCGAGCGCGCACGCGUGCGAAACUGCGUGGGAAUGGCUGUUUGUGUGAUCGAGGGGGUUGGGCCGCUCGGAGAGAGCUGAGAGCUGCAUGAGUUUGUAAUGUCCGCCAUGUUGGCCAUGGCGUAUUGAACCGGGGAGGAACAGCGGAGCCUAGGGUAAACGAGACCGACCGAGAGCGACCGAGACCCGGGCCUGCCCGGCUCUGUUCGCGCUGCUACGGACCUAAGCCUGCCCUCAAUCGACCGGUUGACUCCCAGAGACCGUCACCGAUUCAUCCAUGAGAACUCGAGGCAGAUUUGCUUUAAUUUCAAGCAGAUCGCAUAGAUACAUGCUGCAUCUUUUCAUAUAAAAAUGAGUAAACUGUCGUUUCGGGCGCGGGCGCUGGAUGCUAGCAAGCCACUACCCGUCUUCCGCUGCGAGGAUUUGCCUGACCUGCACGAAUAUGCUUCAAUCAACCGGGGAGUGCCGCAGAUGCCAACGGGGAUGGAGAAAGAGGAGGAAUCGGAGCACCAUCUCCAGCGGGCCAUCUCGGCACAGCAGGUGUACGGCGAGAAGCGGGACAACAUGGUUAUCCCCGUCCCCGAGGCAGAGUGCAACAUCACGCGCUACGAGGCCCUCUACCCCGGGGAGUUCAAGAUGCCAAAGCAGCUUAUUCACAUACAGCCUUUCAGUUUGGACACAGAGCAGCCAGACUAUGACUUGGAUUCAGAGGAUGACACGUUUGUGAAUAAGCUGAGGAAGAAAAUGGAAAUCACCGCCCUGCAGUUUGAAGAGAUGAUCGACCGACUGGAGAAAGGCAGUGGACAGCAGCUCGUAAGUCUGCAGGAAGCCAAACUACUGCUGAAAGAGGACGACGAGCUCAUCAAGGAGGUGUUUGACUACUGGAGCCGCAAAAGGAAAACGUGCAAGGGCGGCUCUCUCAUCCCCAAUGUGAAGCAGGAGAAGAGGGAUGGCUCUAGCACCAGCGACCCCUAUGUGGCCUUCCGUCGACGAACGGAGAAGAUGCAGACCAGGAAGAACCGAAAGAACGACGAGGCGUCAUAUGAGAAGAUGCUAAAGCUACGUCGGGACCUGAGCCGAGCUGUCACCAUCCUGGAGAUGAUCAAGAGGCGGGAGAAGAGCAAAAGGGAACUGCUGCACCUCACACUGGAGAUUGUGGAGAAGAGGAAUGCCAUGCCAGACUUGGGCAGCGAGGUGAUGGCAGAGGCACUGGCGCAGCGGGCUCUCGUGAAGCCCGUCUACACAAUUCCCAUCAUUCCCCUGUCCAACAGCAACCAGUACAGACAUCAGGACCAUUUGGACAUGAAGGACUACAAAAAGCCGGAGAAGACGGAGGCAGUACGAACCAAAAGGAAAUACGAAAAGAAACCCAAGAUCCCUCCUCUGUCAGCACCUCAACAUUCAGGGCCCUCGGUGUUCAAUCCCAAGGACCUCAACCAGUACGAUUUCCCCAGCUCAGACGAAGAACCAUUCUCACAGAUUCAUUCAGGUUCCUCGGAGGCAGAAGAGGAGAAUGACCCAGAUGGCUGCUAUGCGUUCAGGAGGAAGGCUGGCUGUCAGUACUAUGCUUCUCGUCCAGACCAGAGUGGCAGCUGGCCCUGGGUAAGCCCGUUAGAAGGUGGCCUUGGCGAUCCUCGCUUCCGUUACUGUCUGACGUCGCUCAACGCGCCGCGGCGCUGUAUCGGUUUGGCACGACGCCGCGUAGGCAGAGGGGGCAGGGCCUUGUUGGACAGAGCGCAUACAGAUCUUGAGAACAUCUGUCAGAGCCUGGACUCUGACCCGGAACCAGAAGCACUCGCCUCACCACUUCCAAGCUCUCCACUCCGCAACUCAAACGCCAGUACCUCAGAAACCAAUACCUCGGACCCAGCCAGCUCCUCCCAACUUCCCACCAUGCCAUCGCCCCUGUCGUCAUCCUCGCCGGCACCCAUUGACCUCAGCCAGAUUCUUUUGAAAAUCAAAGCUUGCCGCUGGAGGCACUUCAGACCACGGACGCUAUCCCAUCACCCCUUGGGUGGGGGGGAUUUGUCUCGCAGAGGAUUUAGGGAUUGUAGCCGGACAUUGUCAGGACUAACCAGGACCUUGUCUGGAGGAUCCAGCUCCCAGAACCGCACUGGCUCGGCUCCUGUCCCAGUCAACGUGUUCACAGCAGAGCAGUACCAGCAGCACCAGGAGCAGCUGGCCCUCAUGCAGAAGCAGCAGCUGGAGCAGAGCCAACAGCAGCAGCAGCAGCAGCAGCAACAUCAUCAGCAGCAGCAGCAGCAGCCGCCGCCGCCGCCGCCGCAGCAACAAGCCAACAAACCUGCAACAACAAAACCAACCAACCCACAGACACUUGUGUCCAAAACCCUGGACCAGGCCAGCGCCCAGUUUGCUGCUUCAGCCCUCGUCACCACGGACCAGCUGCUCACCUUCAAGUCCAAAGAGGAGGUGGUGCUGGCCAGUGGAGUCAAUGGGGUUCUGGCAGGUGCAGGUGUGUACAAAGGCCUGCAUCUCUCCGGAACGACAGCGACCCUUCACCAGACCAACCAGUCGACACACACUACCACCUCCGCGACGUUCCUCCAGCCCUCCGCCAACUCGGCCACGCCCUCGCCCGCCAACGCUGCCCCCACCUCGCUCAACUCCACCCCCAGCGCCCACGCAGCGGCGGCGCUGGGCCUCCUGGGAUGCAGCGCCCCCAGCGCCACCCCCGCCACCACUCAGGUCCUCAUCGGGAACAACAUCUGUCUGAGCGUGCCGUCGGCCGCCAGCCUGGCCGGACGCCACAUCCCCCGGACCCUCGGCAGCGUGCCGUCCUCUGCCUUAAAGCUGUCCGCCGCCACCAACCUGCAGAUGCCCAAAGUCUCCGGAGCGUCGCCCAUGGACAUGGGCUCAAGGGAUAAUCACGACGAAGACAAGCCAGCACUGAACAGUAUAGCAGACAACACAGUGGCCAUGGAGGUGACGUAGUAGCGGUGCGGCGAAGAGUCCGCUCUUUAGGUGCUGUGCAUCGUAGCAUCGGGAAUGCAAAAAAAAAAAAGGGACGGCAGGACUCUCGACUGACGCAGAAUGACAAGCGGCCCCGACCGACCGACCGACCGACCGCUCGCUUGCAAUUCUCAUCUCUCAUCCUUUUUAAAAAGAAACAAAACGUUUUUUUUUUGUUACUGUUAUCAAAGUAAAAAAAAAAAAGAAAAGGAAGAAAAAAAACGGAAAAAGAAUGACAUGUGUAAAUUAUGAAUAUGGCAAAAAUUAGUAUCUGUACAGUAACUACAUAUUUGUAAUAUCCCCCCCUGUAUAUAUAUUACUUGAAUACAGAAACUGUCCAUUUGUGAUGUUUUGCACUUGGGAGUCAAACUUAAAGGAAAGGAGGAAAAAAAAAGAAAAAGAGUAAGCCAAGUAACUUGUGGCGAGUGUGAGAGAGAGAGAGAGAGAGAGACGUGGGAGUUGUAUAGAGAAGAGUUUUAUCACAUCAUGUGCAUGGUGCGGAGCCUGCUGUUUUUAAUCUAUUUAUUGUGCUGUGUUUACAGUUUUUUUUUUGUUUCAUUUUUUCUUUUUGGUUUGUUUUUUUCCGUUUUGUUUAUUUUUUUUAUUUGUACACUGUACCUUUUGUUGGUUCAUGUGCUGUAGUAAAUGUUAGGUAGCUACAGACUCCUGGGUAUUUUUGUAUAUUGUGAACACAAAGCAGGUCCCUCCCUCCCUCCACACACACACACACACACAUACGUUUAUUUUUGGGUCCGUGUGCUGCUUCUUCUUCUUCUGUCAAUCAUGUUGAAAUCAAUAGUGACAUACAUACAGACCAGGAGGAGGAGGAGGAUGAAGAUGGCGUGAAUGAGGUUCCUUUUUGAAGAGAAAGGAGCCUCCUCUUCUUCCUGGGAGCUUUCAUCAUCAGUACAGUCCCAAACACAAGUAACAAAACAGGGAUGAAGUCUCUUCCCAGAAGCCUUUGCUGCUUCUAAUUUAAAGCACUAUUUUAUUUUUGUUUUUUGUCGUGUUUUUGUUCAUUUGUUUGUUUUUUUAAAUAAAUAUCUCCAAUGCUGCUUUUGUAUUUUGUUUUUAAAAAGGUGGGGGUUCGUCCUUAAUUUUCAUGCAAGCCGACCCCCCUCCCCCUUUUUUUUUCUAUUUGUUUUAUCCCCCACGGACAUUUUUGUAAAACAAAAAUUAUUUUUGUAAUUUUAUUUUCAUUUUUUUUCUUGUGGUAAAACUCGAUUGUAUGCUUCUUAUUUUUUUUUUUUACUCCCGUUUAUUGAAAGACUUCAUUCGUUUGUCGAUUUGUUACUUGGUCAUGCAUAGGUGAUAUAAGGGAGGUGAAUGGGCGGCUGUCGCUGUACGUGUUUCAUCAUUCCACUUUUUUAAAAUGACAAAAAAAUGCUAAAUAGGGGACAGAGCGGUUGUGAGGAAAACAACUCUUCUCUCUCAUAUCCCCCCCUCCCUUUUUUCUGUUUUUUUUUUUUGUUUUGUUUUUGUUUUUCUUUUCUUUGAAAAAAGAAUCUCCAGACGGCUGCAAGGCCAAAAACCACAAGUAUUGGGUGCCUUCCUUUGGGGAAUUUACUGUUCUCUCUUCUGUGAAGAGUUAGGCACAAAGGCAGCAUUACUUAGUAGUGCUUCUCGUCUUUGUCUUUGAAUCUGAAUGCCCAGUCCAAUGGCAGGAUGUAUCCUUGAGGUUUACUUGUCCCACCUGGAGGCUGAAAAGACUAAAAAAAAAAUAAUAAUAAUAAUGUGACAGAACUCUCACUAAAAAUAAGACAAAUAAAGCCCAGGGCAUUAAAUGUGAA